AUGAUGUAUGGAUCGGAAAAAAUGAUGGCCGGCAAACCGCCGUUGCCCAUCACAGCCACUGGACCAUGUUUUCCAGGCCGGUAUUCGCCAACGUACCGAAAUUCUGCGGACCCGAUGCGCAGAUGUAUGGCCAACCCGUCGAGCCGGAUCCUAGAGGAUGCGUCCUCAUUCAUGUGCAACACCUGGUCUCCACGACACAAUGUACGUUUUCUUUAUAACAGCUUUAUGUACUACAUCUUAAUUUCGUAG